ACUCAGCCUGCUUUGAUGUGCCGCCUCCUCACUCUCAACACCAAGGACUCUGAAUCUUUGGACCGGUGCAUCCAGACUGCUCUGUCAGACCUCUACCUGCCCUUCCAGGCCACAUCCCCGACUGUCCUCUGUCAGGUCCUCAGCGUGGUGGAGAGCUGCUACAGAGGAGACGGUCUUCGCUACCUUAUCCACUUCCUGUUGCCUGCGAAGCAGUUCUUAGCGAACCUCCAGCAAGGCGCCUGUUUGCAGUACUGUGGUCUGUUGUUUCGUCAUGAAGGCUGGCCUCUGUGCGUCCAUGAGAAGGUAGUGGUUCAGCUUUGUCCUCUGGACCAGCGCCUCCUCCGUCCAGGAGACUUCUACCUGCUGGUUUCUCCUCCCGCUGCUGUUCCUCCUCGAGCACACAGCGCCUCCUGCAGGAGCGCUGUUACCUCCUCCCCCCGUCUGCUCCUGUGCAGCGUGUCAGCCAGCAGCCGUCAUGUGGAGCAGCAGGAGGUGUCGGAGAUAGCCCUGCGGUCCCUCUUCAGCAUGGCCUGGCUGGACUCCGUCAACAGGGAGAGGGAGCAGCGAGGAGCGUCCAGGCUGGAGCGCUGCCUCCUCUCUGCCCACGGAGACGUCUUCAGGGUCCCGUGGGAGGACCUGGUCUACCCACAGUUCAUCAGCCGGCCCCGGACCUCCCUGAAGGAGGAUAAGGAGUCGUCCGUUAAGGAUGGAGAUAUGUUAAUUACUACGUCUCGCAGUCUGUGUAGAGAUGCUAAUGCCUCGAGACAGGAUGUAAAACUCCUCCCAUCUUCUACAAAAACUGACCAAUCACCAGCGAGCAGCGAGGGCGAGGACUCGGAGGGCGAGUACGUGGAGCUGACGGAGCUCCCGCUGCCUCGCUUCUCCCCUCAGAAAGGCUCCUUAACCCAGUCCAUCAGCCUGCAGCACCGAGCCAGGACCAGCACACACACCGCUGCACACACACCUCCGAACACACACACUCCCAAAACCACCAGCACACACACCGCUGCACACACACCUCCGAACACACACACUCCCAAAACCACCAGCACACACACCGCCGGUGCCACACACGCCGGGUUUUGCUCCAGGCUCAUCAAGGAGAACCUCAACCAGGACUCCUGUGGACCUGUCAUCCUCACCCCCACCUCCCCCUCCUCCUCUGCUCCUCCUGAAGUCGUGGGAGCCUCCUGUCAGGUGGAGCGCAGGACGUCACAGGAGCAAAUAGGAGGUACUGACUCAGGCAGGGGUCUGAAGCUAAACGCUGAACCUGCAAACUGCACAGGACAGAGAGAGGAGGAGGAGGUGGAGGAGGGAGAAGAGGUGCAGCGAGGGAAAGAGGGGGAGGCAGAGGAGGAGAGGGAAGAGGGAGAGCUGAUGGAGACGCAGAAAGGGAAGCAUGAAAUGGUGUCAGGUGAAGAUGAUGAAGAGAAGGAAGAACAGCUGGAGGACACAGAGUGUAGGAGGGAUGUAGAUUUACUGCCGCACACACACACUGCUGAGGAGGAAGGAGAAAGGGAGGAGGAAGAGGAGGAUGAAAGUGCAGAGACAGAGGGAGACAAUGAGUUGGAGGAGGUGGAGGUAGAAGAGGAAGUUCAGGUUAUAAUUGUGCCGCAGAGUAAAGAAAGAAGGGAGGAGGAGCAAGUGAUGAAAGAAGACGAAGAGAGAGGAGGAGGAGGAGAGAAAGAAGAUGAAGAGAGAGGCGGAGGAGAAGAGAAAGAAGAUGAAGGGAGAGGAGGUGAACAAACUCAAGUAGAUAAGGAAGCUGACUCAUGUACCAACACACACUCUGAGGACUCUUAUUCUGAAAAUAUUACACAAGACACACACUCUGAGGACUCUUAUUCUGAAAAUAUUACACAACACACACACUCUGAGGACUCUUAUUCUGAAAAUAUUACACAACACACACACUCCGAGGACUCUUAUUCUGAAAAUAUUACACAACACACACACUUAGAAGACUCUUAUUUUGAAAACGACACACUACAAACACACACUGAGGAGUCCAACACGCCAGCAGUGGAUCCAGACUCUCGUCAGACUGAACCCGGUGAGUCUGACACCGGACAGGAAGAGGAGGAGGACGACGAGGAGGAGGACGACGAGGAGGAGGACGACGACGACGAAGAGGAGGAGUGCAGCAGUGAGGAGGUUGGUGGAGGAAGACCUGCAGAGCUUCAGACUGAAGGCCUCAGCACUGAGCCGCCUCCUGCCCGCUCAGACGCCAGUCUGUCUGCUGCUCCCGGUCCAACAGAACCAGAACGACCAGCAGCCCCUCCGGAGCUGGACCAGUCAGCUGCUCCCGCCGUCCCACUAAGGCUCACCCAGUCCUCCCAGUCCCAGCAGUCCAGCUUCUCCAGUGUGCUGCUGACUUCUGGAGCUCUCUGUCUGCCAGGAACCAGAGACAGGAGCGGUCGAGCUCUGCUGACGGUCCGCACCAGGAACGCCGUGUGGUCGAACCCCGACUGUGACAGCGCAGAGCUGCUCCGCCUCCUGCUCUACUACACCUCCACCCUCAGGAAGGAGGUGGGAGCGUUGGGGCUGACGGUGCUGGUGGACGCCCGCAAAGCUGCUCCUGUCCCCGCCCUGUUCUCCGCCCUCAGGUCCCUGCAGGAGAACACACCAGGCUCCGUCCACACUGUGUUGCUGCUGGUCAACAAGGACUCGUCUCUUCGUCUGGACAAAGCUGCAGCCACACAGGUGGAGGUGUUGAGCUCUCUGAAGGCGGUGCAGAAACACGUGGAGCUGCGGCAGCUUCCUGCGGAGGUCGGAGGUUCUUUCAGCUUCAGCCACAGCAGCUGGCUGUGCUUCAGAUCGAGAGUGGAGCAGCUGACCAAUCGGUGUGAAGACGUCAUCGGCCUGCUGCAGAAAACCAUCGACAUCCUGCAGUCCACACCUCUACCUGCUGCAGCCCAGGAUGCCGAGCUGCUGUUGUCCAGGUACGAGGCGGUGAUGCGUAGCAUCCUUGAAGACGGCCGAUUGGUGCAAUUACAGCAGGAGGGCGGAGCCUCGCUGUCGCGGCUGCGCAGGGAGGAGAGCAGCGUCAGUGCGACGGAAGAUUACCGGGCGGCGAUGGAGGCGGUGUCGUCUCUGUACGAUGAGGUGGACGAGCUGCUCCACCGCCUGGUGACGCUGUCCAACUGCAGGACUCAGGAGCUGCACUUCAUCCUGGAGUUCAGGAGCCUGGAGCGGGGCUUCAGCGAGGUGAGGUCCUGGCUGGAGGAGGUCGGGGAGGUUCGUCUCAGGAGUCUGGCUGAACCGGAGGAUUCUCUGGAGCUUCUGAACAAGAAACAACAAGACUUCAAAGACUUCCACACUGCUGCAUAUGAGCGCUGUACGCGAGGCCAGGCGCUGCUGAGUCGUCUGGAGCGUUGGGGCGACGUGUCGUCUGCUGACCUCCACGUCUACGAGGUCAAAGUUCAUUCGUUCUGGGCCCAGCUUCAGGAUUUCUCCCAGCGGGUCAACGCCACCGGCCACAGCAUCGAGCAGGCCGUCCAGCUGUACCGCUUCUUGGACCAGGCCUAUGGCUGGGCGUUGGAGGGUAUGCGUCACCUAGCUGGUAUCAGUAUGGAGGAGUGCGCGCUGCCAGACAAAUGCCAGGCUGUGAUUGGCUGCCUGGAGGACUACCACUGCCAGCACCCGCCAAUCCCAGACGGUCGUUUUCAGGAGAUGAAGGCGGUUGCGGGCGAGCUGCGGGGCGAGCGAGGCCUCCGUCAGUGGAGCUUCGCCUGGUCCAAGUGUCAGGAGACCAAGAAAAUGUUUGACAGGAAGAUGGAGGCAGCGCUCAGGACACGAGACUCCGCCCACAGACAGCGCUCUGACUCUGCCGUCAGCAGAAGCUCCACCUCCUCCAGGAAAAGGCUGUCAGGACUCUGGGGGGUCCACGAGACCUCCUCCUGUCCCCCCGAGGAAGACUCCAACACCUCCUCACCUCCUCGUAACACCUCCCUGCUCUCCAUCACCUCCUCACUCAUCACCUCCACCCCUGCUCCCUCCACCUCCUCCCCUCUCACCCCCCAGCACACCCCGCUCCUCCGGCGUCUGUUCCGCAGCGCCUCCUCAGAGGAGUCAUCAGACCAGGUGGAUAUCUGCUCCUCCAGUCACGGCCUGCCCCGCCUCGACUCCUCAGCCUGCUCCUCCCCCUCCUCCUUCUUCUCCGGCAGACGGCAGCAGCUCAGGAAGACUCAGAGCUUUGACUGUCCCUCCACCCCCGAGGUGUCGCGGUACGGCCCGUGUCCUCGCGCCCUCAGCGAGCCGGUGCGCAGAGGAAACACGGGCGUGUUCAUCCGCGGUCUGGAGGUCAGCAGCACCGACGCAGCCGACCACACGCUCAGCCCCAGGACGGCCGUUCACGGCUGGGCGGGACAGCUACACGGUCCCGGGGCGCCCGGCACCCCCAGAACCACCGGCAGCCCGGCAACAGACUCCCGACCCAGAGGAAGUAAGCUGCGUCACGUCGUGGAGGAGAUGGUGACCACGGAGCGGGAGUACGUUCGCUCGCUGCGUUACAUCAUCCAUCACUACUUCCCCGAGAUGGACCGAGCCGACCUCCCUCAGGACCUGAGGGGGAAACGUUCCGUCGUCUUCGGAAACCUGGAGAAACUGCUGGACUUCCACAGCCAGUUCUUCCUGAGAGAGCUGGAGGCCUGCUGGAAACACCCGCUCAGAGUGCCGCACUGCUUCCUCCGACAUCAGGAGCAGUUCAGUCUGUACGCGCUGUACAGCAAGAACAAACCGAAGUCUGACGCGUUGCUGGCCAACCACGGAAACUCCUUCUUCAGGAGGAAGCAGGUGGAGUUGGGAGAUAAGAUGGACCUGUCCUCCUACCUGUUGAAACCUGUGCAGAGGAUGAGUAAAUAUGCUCUGCUGCUCACUGACCUCAUGAAGGAGGUGGGCGUGGCUCAGGAGGCGGAGCUUGUCGCACUGCAGGCUGCCACCAACAUGGUCAAGUUCCAGCUUCGCCACGGCAACGACCUGCUGGCAAUGGACGCCAUCCGAGACUGUGAUGUGAACCUGAAGGAGCAGGGUCAGCUGAUCCGUCAGGACGAGUUCACUGUCUGGACCGGGAGGAGGAAAUGUCAGCGUCACAUCUUCUUGUUUGAGGAGCUCGUUCUCUUCAGUAAACCCAAGAAGAUGGAGGGAGGGCUGGACGUCUUCAUCUACAAACACUCCUUCAAGACGGCAGAUGUGGGUCUGACGGAGUCCACGGGAGACAACGGGUUGCGAUUUGAGAUCUGGUUCAGAAGGAGGACGUCCAAGAAUCAGACCUUCAUCCUUCAGGCUGCCAAUUUGGACGUCAAACACAUCUGGACCACCGACAUCGCCCGAAUCCUGUGGAACCAGGCCACCAGGAACAAAGAGAUGCGUUUGAAGGAGAUGGUGUCGAUGGGAGUCGGGAACAAACCGUUUUUGGACAUCCAGCCGAGUGAUGCAGCCAUCAGCGACCGAGCUGUUCACUACAUCAUGAAGAGCAGAGGUGCCAGAACGCGGGCAUCCAUUGCCGUCUCUGUCUUUGAUCACGCUAACCCUUUUAAACGAGGACCGGUGACCUCUGACCCCUCAGCAUCAGGGCCUUCCUCAUCCAGCCUGCUGGGACCGCUCAACCUGCAUAUGUACAGUCAAACCGUCUCCUCCUCUCCUGCUGCUGAAAGCUCCUUCAUCACUUCUUGUAUCGAGGAAGACGAGCAGGAGCACGAGACCGGCAGCCAGCCCUCCAUGACCACGGAGAGUUCGGGUUCAUCGUCCCGCUGUCUCUCCGGCUCCACUGGCUCCGACAGCGGCUGCGUCUCUUCCCACCUCCAGGAGGCGCUGGCCGAGGAGCUGAGCCCCCCCAGCCAGCCCUCCUCCUCCUCCUCUUCCUCCUCCUCCUCCAACAAACAGCACCUCAGCAGCCACUACAUUUCACCUAAAGCGGCUCCAGUCAUCAGCCCGGCCACCGUCGUGUGAGUCAGCGACCGGACGGACUCGACUGUCCGUGUGCUUCCUGCUGCAGUUUGGAGUUCGGGACUUGCGGACAGUUUGAACAGCACUGUUGAUUUUGUAGAAUCUUUGAAAGCAGCGAAGUUUAAAUCUAGUUUUAUUUAUGUUGUUGUGCUACAGUGCCGGUACAGUAGUUUGUUCUGUAAAUAAUAACUGUUAGAGUUUACAAAGGUCUUCUCUCGCUCUGUAGUUUGACUCCCAGCAGCUGGUCCAGGGUCAGCUGGACUAACUGUACAUGUGUGUAAAUACAGCCACAGCUCAGCGUCUGCUGUCUCUUUCUUACUUGAAUAAUAAACAUGUUUGUUCAAAACGGA